CUUUUCAAAGUGUAAAAAGUUUAAAAAUCCGCUGUAACAAAUACUUACAUUGGAUAAGUAUGGAUUUUUGACAGUAUUUCAUGUCUCCCUUAUCUUCCACUUUCAUUUUUUAGUUGACGUUAGAUUGGUCAAUUAUAGCACGUUCAGACUGAUUGCCGGAGUACGAUACCCUGGUUCGGUCAUAAAUCUGCAGGCCCUUCACACUACGUAGUACCCACUAGCUUUGUCUAUUUAUAAUUUCAUGUUUUUCUUUGUAAACAAGUUUUGAAACCAUGCGUUAAAUACGUGCCUCUCUGUACACGUUACUCAGGUGUCGUCGUUCACAUUGAUGCCCUUUCCCGAGCACCGUAUUUGCGUACUACCUCUUUUACUGGUGCCCAGACCUCUGGGCACUUAUACACGGGCACCAUUAAAAUGUUGUGUUCAUAUUGAUGCCCGUGCCUGAGCACCGUUCCAGGAUACUCAGUCUGAACGCACUAUAAUAAACUUUACAAAGGAAAUCGAACAAAUUUUGUAUAUUGAACGAUUCCUGAUAAAACUGUUAAAAGCAACUUUGCUAACAACAAUCCGAUUCUGCGACCUUCUUUUGCCCGCCUCACUUUUCAAACCUCUCCGCGGCCCCUGUUAAUGGGAAAUGUGUCUACGCAUGUGUGCAUUUGAACUAAAGGAAAUUAUAAAAGAAAAUUAUGCUUUUAUGCAUUGAAUGUAUAAUAUAAUUUAAACUGUGUUCAUCUCAUGGUUUAUCUUCGUUUUAUGGUCAUUCUUAUAUUUGUACGCGCUGCGUAUCUAGUCUAGUUCUACUUUUUUUUUGUUCUUUUUUGCGCGAUAAAUUAUUACCGGACCUGGGAUUACGCUCCUAUGUCGUUUCUUUUUUUACCGGAAUUUGGAUGCUUUAAAUUUUCGCGCGAAAUCCCGCGCUACUUGACCGCGGAUAGAAAAUGGCUACUUUAUUACAUUUCUUUAAGAAAAUCCCACCAAAAAUACCUCCCAAUUCUUCUCCAAUUCCGGCAAACAACAAAGAAAAAGUUGAAGGUGAACCUCCAAAAGCAAAACCAAGAUUUGUGAGUCCAAAAUACGGAAAGAAAGGGGAAAUACAGCCGUUGAAAUUAUUGAAAAUGACCAAGAAGAGAUUCUUUCAAGCAAUAAUGGAACUGCCUUGAGAAAAAAUAUAAAUGGUAAACGAAUGAUAUCGGACGGAGAAAGUGACGAUGAUGAAGUUACAGGCAAGAAAUUCAACAGAUGCAGAAAAAAGCGUAAAGCUACAUCCUCUUUUCUGAAGCCAUCUCGUAAAAAGCAAAAAUCUCAACUGCAAUCAGAUGAAGAAGAUGAAGAAUCUGGGGAUGAAUAUCAACCUCCAAAUGAUGCAAGCACAGAUGAAUCAUGCAGUAGUGGUGUUGAUGAAGUUGAUAGUGAUGAAGCUUUGAGUGAAGAGGAAAGUCCAAAAGUUUCAUCCAAGAAAAAGAGGAAAAAAAGUGUAAAAAAGUCCCCCACACAGUCACCCCAAGAUACCCCAAGAACUCCCAAGAGUAUCCUCUCUCCAACAUUGUCAAGUAAGAUUGAAAACAGUGUAGGGAAAGCUGCAACAACCCUGUCAAAGUUUCAAGCAACAUCUUCCCCAUCAUCAGACAAAAGUAGUGGCAAUUUGUCAAUUGUCUAUGCUCAUGAGUCUCUAGAGUGGCUUACUGAAGAAAAGAUCAGAGACAAAGAGGGAAGGAAUUCCAAUGAUCCCGAAUAUGAUUCAAGAACAUUGCAUGUGCCUUCGUCAUAUCUCAAUUCUAAAGAUGUGACACCAGGAUUAAGACAAUGGUGGAAGAUUAAGAUGGAAAAUUUUGAUACUGUGCUUUUCUUUAAAGUAGGAAAGUUUUAUGAGUUGUAUCAUAUGGAUGCUGUUACUGCUGUGAAAGAACUUGGCCUCACUUAUAUGAAGGGAAAGUUUGCCCAUGCUGGAUUUCCAGAAAUUUCUUAUGGUCGUUAUUCAGAUAUAUUAGUACAGAAAGGCUACAAGGUUGCACGUAUUGAGCAAACAGAAACACCUCAAAUGAUGAGUAAACGAACAAAGGGCGAGAAAGUUGUUCGUAGAGAACUUUGUGCAAUUACGUCAAAAGCAACUAAAAUGUUUCGAUUCAAUGAAGGUGACAUAACGGAUGAUGCAGCGGCACAUUUGCUGGCAAUUAAGGAAUCUGGUUUCGACGAGAGUUGUGGAGGGAAAAGUAUUUAUGGCGUUUGUUUCAUUGAUACUUCCAUUGGAAAGUUUCACAUUGGACAAUUUUCUGAUGAUAGGCAAUGCUCGCGUCUUCGAACACUAAUAGCAAGUAAUGUUCCCGCACAGAUUUUGUUCGAACGUGGCUGUAUCACGAAAAAAACUCAAUCUCUUCUUCAACAUGAAUUAGUUUCGACAAUAAAAGAACAACUUUCGCCCGUUACUGAGUUUUGGGAAGCAGCAAAAACAAUCGGAUUCUUACAAGAAAAUGAGUAUUUCUGGGAAGAUGGGCAACAGAAAUGGCCAGAAGCAUUAAAGAAUAUGACCUUAGGUGAUAAUGCUUGUCUAACGGUGUGUGAAGAUUAUGAAUUGGCUUUCUCCGCUUUCGGUGCUUGUAUUUGGUAUCUAAAGAAAUGUUUAAUUGAAAACGAACUCAUUUCAAUGAAAAAAUUCGAGUUCUAUCAACCGUUGGACGAGACAAUCGACCACAGAAAAAGUUCAUCUUUUAUGAAAGGACGAAAGCAUAUGUUGUUAGAUGGUAUAACGCUGACCAAUCUUGACGUCAUACCAAGUGCCGUGCAUACAACACUCGAGGGGACGUUGUUAGAACACGUGGACCAUUGUUGUACUCCCUUUGGAAAACGACUUAUCAAACAAUGGCUUUGUUCCCCUUUAUGCAAUCCCAAAUCGAUAUCUGACAGAUUGGACGCUAUAGAUGACCUCAUGGCAAGACAAACACUUGUAGCUGAAGCCCGGGAAAUGUUGCGUACUCUUCCAGAUCUUGAACGUUUGUUACGGAAAAUUCAUAGUAUGGGUUCAAUCGGUCGGAGUAAAGAUCAUCCUGAUAGUAGGGCCAUCUUUUAUAACGAAAUCACUUACAGUAAAAAGAAAAUCGGCGACUUUUUAUUGACUUUGCAAGGUUUUGAAAACGCAACAAAACUCUGUGUCUUGUUUGAGGAUGACUUGAAAAGUUUAAAAUCGAAACUUCUGAAAAUGACUGUUGGUAUAGAUUCUUCAGGAAAUGGGGGAAUCUUUCCUGAUUAUAAGGACGAGUUGCUUUUCUUCAAUAAAGCGUUUGAUCACACAAAGGCAAAAGACGAGGGGGUUAUCCUCCCCAAACCAGGUGUAGAUGAAGAUUAUGACAAAGCCAUUGCAGACAUGAAGGAGACCAAGCAAAAAUUGAAUGAUUAUUUGGAUCAACAAAAGAGACGUCUUGGAUGCAAGAUAUGUUUUUGGGGAACAGGAAAGAACAGAUAUCAAAUGGAGAUUCCAGAAAAUGCUUUGGCUAAAAAAACUCCUCAGGAAUAUGAACUACAAUCAUCCAAAAAGGGUUUCAAACGUUACUGGUCUCCGGAAAUUGUGCGAUUGAACGAAAUUCUAACUGAAGCGGAGGAGAGAAGGGACGCUUGUCUAAAAGACACCAUGAGAAAAGUGUUCUAUCAGUUCGACACCAGGUACAACGUUUGGGAAAAAGCUGUUCAAUGUCUUGCCGUACUUGACUGCUUAAUAAGUUUAAUGAUGUAUAGUACACAAACCGAAGGAUUGAUGUGCCGACCGGAAGUUGUAUUUAUCGAGAACGAUGAUAAGCCAUUUAUAGAGAUUCGUGACGGCAGACAUCCAUGCGUGGGUAGAACCUUUAGUGGCGGUGACUUCAUUCCUAAUGAUACAGUUAUUGGAUGCCCGGAUCCUAUGGGUAACACAACUGACUGCAGUACAUGUGUAGUUGUAACUGGACCAAAUAUGGGCGGGAAGUCCACGCUGAUGAGACAAGUUGGCCUUAUUGUGAUACUUGCUCAACUGGGUUGUUAUGUUCCUGCAAUGAAGUGUCGCCUUACACCUGUGGAUCGUGUGUUUACUAGACUUGGUGCGCAUGACCGAAUUCUUUCAGGUGAGAGCACGUUUUUCGUGGAACUUAGUGAAACAUCGUGUAUAUUACAUCAUGCAACGAAACAUUCUUUGGUGCUUCUUGAUGAAUUAGGACGUGGCACCGCUACGUAUGAUGGGACAGCAAUUGCAUCAGCAGUUAUCCACAACUUGUCUCAUGAAAUCCAAUGCCGUACCCUCUUUUCAACCCAUUACCACUCAUUGGUGGAGGAUUUUAGUAACGAUCCAUUCGUACAUCUUGGUCAUAUGGCAUGUAUGGUUGAAAACGAUGAUGAUACCGGAGAUCCAAGUCAAGAAACCAUUACUUUUCUCUACAAAUUCGUCCGUGGAGCUUGCCCAAAGAGUUACGGUUUUAAUGCUGCACGGCUGGCUUGUAUUCCUGAAGAGAUUAUCCGUCUAGCAAUAGAUAAAGCAAAAGAGUUUGAAGAAAAUGUUGAAAGAAUUAAGCUGUUCAGGAAAUUGACGUGUGAGAAAAAUAACAAUCUUAGAGAGUUGGUGCCUUUGACGCACAAAAUAUUGAGGUAAUUGGCACAAGAGGACUAUGAAGAUUUCAUCUCUUGUUGUGAGUGUGUAUGUUUGACAAGUAAAUUUUCUUUGAUAAUAUCAGAAAAACGAAAGACGUUUUGUUUUGUUGCUGUAGGUUUAGUAGAAUAUGCAAACCGAAAGAAUUAAAAUUUUGAUACUGUUUCAAACUUAAAA